AUGGAUAGAAAAUCGGUUGGUGUGGUUUCCUUGCAAGAGCCUUCAUCCUGGAGGGUAUACGUUGAUGGUACGACGAAUCAAAUAGGAUCUGGAAUGAGGCUAGUUCUGAUAUCUCCUGAGAAAAUCACUAUUGAGAAAUCCUUGAGAUUGAGCUUCUCGGCCACAAACAAUAAGGCUGAAUGUGAAGCUCUAUUGGUAGGGAUGACCAUGGUUCAAAAAAUGAGAGGAAAAACAGUGGAGGUCUUCUCAGAUUCAAGAUUAGUGGUGGGUCAAGUAAAAGGAGAGCUAGAAGCCAAGGAUGCGAGAAUGCAAGAAUAUUUAAGUCAGGUUAAGCAUUUGAAGUCGGGGUAUGAAUCUUUCAACUUGCAGAGUUUUCCUCGGGUUAUCCUCGUUGAAGACUUGUGUAAGCCUACUAAGAUGAAGAGUAAGGUGGUCCAUAUCCAUCAAAUUAGGGUGGGACCUAGCUGGAUGGACCCCAUAGUUUUGUUCCUCAAGGAGGACAUCUUGCUCGAGGAAGAAUCAGAGGUUGACAAGGUGCAGAGAAAGGCUCCUCGAUUUUAUCUGUUCGAGGACCAAAAGUUAUACAAGUGCUCCUCUUUCGGACCAUAUUUGCUGUGCAUACACCCUAAGACAAUGGAGCUACUCCUAGAAGAGUUACAUGAAGGGAUUUGUGGAAGCCAUACUGGAGGUAGAUCUUUAUCUCAUAGGGCCCUCAGGGAUAUUGGUGGUCAAAUAUGUAAAGGGAAGCACAAGAGGCCCUUCCCUAAGACAACAGAGAAUAAGAGAUGGUUGCUGGUCGGCACAGAUUACUUCACCAAAUGGGUUGAAACUGAACCACUAGCGAAUAUCAAGGAUAUGGAUGCCAAGAGAUUUAUCUGGAAAAAUAUUGUCACUCAGUUUGAGAUUCCUUAUACACUCAUCUCGUACAAUGGUCUUCAGUUCGAUAGCAAAGCCUUCAGGAGGUAUUGCUGUGACUUGGACAUAGCAAAUAGAUAUUCCACCCCGGCAUAUUCACAGGGGAAUGGACAGGUCGAGACUGUUAAUAAAGUCAUAGUGAGUGGGCUCAAAAAGAGGCUGGAUGAUGCAAAAGGAAAAUGGGUGGAGGAGUUGCCACACUUCCUUUGGACAUAUCAGACUACACCUCGUAGGUCCACUAGGAAGACGCCAUUUUCAUUGACUUAUGGGGUCGAGGCUGUGAUUCCUUUGGAGACAGGAUUUCCAAUGCUGAGAACAAGCUCUUUUACUCCGAGCAGCAAUGAUGGCGUACUAUCAACACAAGCUUAA